UCCACAGCUCUACCUCCCUCAGAUCAGAUGUCUGCGCACUGUGAUAGCGACGACGAGCGUCAUCCCCGCCAGUGUUGCGGGCAUGGAACUUGCGCCAUUGUCGGAGUCUGCAUCCGAAACAUGAGCUUCCCCUGGAUCGUGGAAGUGUGUGAGAACGAAGUUUCUUCUGACAUCGAGAUCGAUCAAGGAGCUGCCAGUGAUCCUGAGCCGGAGAUUGCAUGUGAAAACCAAGACGAACAAGACAUUGCCCUUUCAUCGGGACUGUACUGGACCAUGCCCGCAAGGGUGAGAAUAGCGAAGCCUGUCAAGAUCAGAGACAAUGGCAUGUUUCGCAGGGCCUGCAGCUCGCCAUGCGGCAAGGAAAGCGCCCGGGAAACAAGGAUUGGGCGGAAACCCUGCUUCGUCCAGUGGAUCUGUAUGAACGAUUUGGACUUCAACAAGAAGAAGCCUUUGCUUGCUAGGUUCUACCUCAAGUUAUCAUACUUUCGACGGGCCAACAAAUGCGCGAGGAGCUGGAAAGAGACUCCCAAUGCUCCCGCUAAGACGAUGGUCUUGGACAAUAUCAAUGCGGUGAGGACUAGGGUCGCCAACGCCCGCUUGUCGCGAACCUCCGAGGUAGCACCAGAAAGCAACUAGGACGUUUCUAUCAACCGCCUGGUCGUGUAGUCGUUGGCAUGUACAUAUUUUUAGUCUCCCCCCCUGUUAACAUUUCAUGUUGAAUGAAGUAGAGAACCUGAAUGC